AUGGAGGGAGAGUCAUCAUUAGCUGCUCAGUUUACCUUCGCAGACGACUUUAUGCAGAAGGUCGCUCGCGGAGAAUCCCCAUCGUGUACGAAUCCUGGUGGAGAGUUGCAAGAAAACCUCAAAGUGCUCUCCCAGAUUGUCUCCUCCUUCAAACGACAUGCUGUUACAGACGAAAUAGUGUACCCCCACGCCAGGCCCGUUCACCGGCCAAGUUUUCAAGGCAGCGAGCUGCCACCCAUUCAAGAAACCGUCAAGGUUAUUCGCAUUGCUGAAUCCCAACGUCUCGCUGGCACCGGCUGGAUAUACGAGUAUCUUCCACUGCACCAGUUUUCAAAAACAUGCCUAGAGGUCUACUUCUCAGAGCAAUAUUCAGAGGCUGACUUCAUCAUUGUCACUGCCGGCCUCCAUUCAAUUUUUAAGGACUACAGCAUUAUCGUCUCGGAGGAGGAGAGGGAGAGAAGCCUCAAGUAUUCUAAUCUAUGUCGCGCACACCUCGAAACGGCGCUCACUGGUCUACCGCUACACUUGCCUGCAAACUCGAAGACAAUCGUCGCCCUUAUAUUUGGUGCUUGCCACUCUAUCGAGCUCUCGAAGCCGUUUUUGGCUUGGUCCCUGUCAUCAAAGGCAUCGGAGCUGUGCCAAUCACUCGGCUAUCACCGAGCUGUAUCCGUUCACCAUGAAAACGAAGAAGAGGCUCAGUUGAAGAGAUUCCUUUUCUGGAGCACCUAUUUCAUUGACAAAAGCCUGUCAUUACGUUUGGGCCGCGCGUCGACGAUUCCGGAAUGGACCAUCACGACAAGCAGACCGUCCGUGAAUGAUCCUCAUCAGCAGCCAGUGCAGGCUUACUUCGUCUUGUGGGUCGAGAUGGCGCGGUGCCAGGGGAAUAUAUACGAGUUGCUGUACAGCCCGGAGUCGGUAACCCAACCUGAUGACGUGCGACAAGCUCGCGUCCAGCGUCUUGUGUCCGAUCUCCAAGAGCUGGACGAAGCGACCCAGGAGACCAACAGAAGGUGGUUACAAGAAUCAAAGGACAAGUCGGGAGAAGAUCUGAUUGACUUUUAUGCCAUAUCGGACGAGACGUUGCGUCUGUCGCUUCUCACUCUUGUCCAUCGAGCAGCGCCGCGACAGGUUGGCACUGCCACAACAUUCAGCCCGGAAUGUGUCAUUGCUGCGCGAGAUUCUCUAGAAAGACAUAGAGACUGUGUGAGCAUCAUCAAGAAAAGCGGCAACUCUUAUUUCCCAAUGUACUUCCAGUGGUCUCUCUUAUUCGCCCCGUUCGUGCCGUAUAUUGUCAUGUUUUGUCACGUCAUUGAGACGCAGGACAAAGCGGAUCUUGCCCGUCUUGGAGACUUUUCCGCCUCCAUCCAAAUUGCUGCCCAAAUUUCCGAGGCGGCGUUCAAGGCCUAUCACCUGUUUCACACGCUUCACGAUAUUGCUGUCCGCUAUCUCGAGCUCUACGCCGCACAUCCUCAGAACGGCCAAGGCAAGGCUGGUCCCGAGAUGGAUUGGUUCUUGGAGGCCUUGGGCAUCGCGCCGCCGGGGCAGGAGAAUGAUGGCCAAUGGCAUCUGGCCAGCGAUGCGCCUUGGUUUGGCACUGACUUGAUUGACAGUAUGGGAGCUGAAGGAGCGACGGUCAAUGACGCCACGCAACGGAGACCGUCCGCAACACAGCCUUUGGCCCGUGUGGGAAACGAGCUUGAGUUGGAGUCUUGGCUUCAGAAUAACGAGGCUGUGAUGGAAUUUCUCCGAGAAACAGAGUUCAGUUUUGGAGGUGACCCUUAG